CGAAGAACGCUGUUGCUGAAGUUGAGUCGGUGAGUUAAGUCAGUCAGUCAGUCGCAGUCAGUCGCGCGGUGUUUACGUGCGCGGACGCAUCGAAACGCGCGUGCGGGCAUUACUCUAUGGUGAAUUAAGACUUAAGAAACACAUUUGUUCUUUUAAUUGAGUGCUACAACACGGAAAAUCAAUAUGCCGACCGCGGCCCCGAUGAUUUAUACUGGAAUCCAAUGGAUUUAGACAGUGAUGAAUCCAUGCCGUACCCCAACAAACAAUACAUAGACCCCUGGGACCUGGAAAACUACGCCUACAUCCGCCAACACCUUGAUUCCGUCGACCUCAGCUCCGACCCUAGUAGUCUCGGAGAACCGCAGGAAACCUCCGCGUUCUACUACAUCCCCGCACGUCCCCUUGAACUACCCCCUACACAUCAAGACGAUGAGAGUAUUUACUACCAUCAUCGAACCAUGGGCGGAGAACGUCUUGAGAAGAUCUACGAUACGCAACACUCACAACACUCGCAGUAUAACCAAGAUGCUGAGUAUUAUUAUACUAUGAGGAAGGUGCCCACUGUACCUACGACUAGAUAUGAUACGAUAGCUAGGUCUGAGAGGGAUAGAGGGUUGAGGGGUGGAAUGGCUGGGAGUUAUGCGGCGAUUGAUGAGCUCUUGAUUCGCAACGAGAUUGCGAGCUCAAGACGCCAUCGGAGAGCGUCCCAUGCGGGGUCUAUUUAUGGGGGGUCGUUGCCUGUGCAACCACCGGCGCAGCAAUAUGGGACUUAUGUCAGGAGAGGGUCAGGGAGUAAAGUUAUGCCCAGGGAGGAUAUUUAUGAGCAGUACAACUAUGAACCAACAGAAACCGAUUUGUAUGGUAUUCCGGAGAAUACCAGCAUGCAAAUCUACGAGAAGAAUAAAACUCUGCGACGACAACAUCAGAUGAGUAAGAAUGAUGGUCCUGUGGCCAAAAUGGCGAAGUCAAGGAGUCAUAGUUUCUCAGUUGGGGAUUUAGAGUAUGAUUCUUAUCGUACGCAUCAAUCGAUCUACAAUGAUGAUCAAUACAUGCGUUCGGAUAUAUAUGAUUCGACAGGAUCAUCUCCGAUUUACGAUGAUAUCAGGAGUUCGUUAUCACAUCGACCUAAACCCAAACAUUUCAAGUUAAGUAACUACGGUCAUUUGAAGAUUGAUUAUUCUUUUAGUUGGAAUAAUCUGAAUAAAUAUAUUUACAAUUAAGACGUUUUAUUGAUUUUAUUGAUUGUGUUUUAUAAUUUAUUAUUUUAAGGCAGCACGCUGUACUGAUAGGCAUAUAUUUUGUUUAGAAAGUAUAAUAAAUAAUGUUUUAAUA